AGCACCAGUGGAUCGUUGGUCCUGAUCAAGGGCGAAAAGACGACCUGGUCGCGCGAGGAGUCCCUUGCCCAUGCCACCAAAGCCCAAUUUGUGGAUCUGCCAGAGUCGUCGCUGCUUUCUGAAGAGUACAACGAACUCGAUGAAGGCCAGACCCAUCGCGACAUCUCUUCACCUGUUGAGCGGUACCUCCGCCGGCUCAGCUCCCACGCAUCCAAAGCCCUGGUAUGCCGUCCUGACGCACUCUUGACUCUGUGUGUGCGGAGGCGCUGUUCAUCCAGAAAACAGCUGUUCCGGGACACCCACGGAAUCCACAAACUCAUCGUCUUUGCCACCAAGACUGGCAAGGUUGUUGCGCUGGACACUCUGAAGGGCGUUGUCGUUUGGACAUACUAUCUGCCCAAUUCCCAGAUCCGCCACGUCGAUCUGGUUCGCGACGCUCUUGUCAAGUUCCCACCGGUCUUGACUAUUUCCGUCGAGUCGAACCUUUCGAACGAGUCCACGCUCGUGCUGCUGGAUGCCCUCAAGGGCAGCCCAUACUCUCCCUCCGCGAAUGUACCGGCCAAGGCGACCUUCUCGCAGCUGCCCAAGAUUAUCAUCAAGUUGCCUGUUGACGAGCCUGAGAGCCGCAUCCAUCCGCUUGCGGUUGUCGGCUCGGAUUUGAAGAUUCGUCUGUUCCCCGAUAGCGAAGAGGCUCAUCGAGCCUUCGAAACCGUCCGCUCGGCCAUGCACUUCUACCUCUCUGGUGGUGUGGGCUCCAGCAGCGUCCGCGGCUACGCCGUUUCUUCGGAUGCUCAUGUUCAGGGGGCUUACUCGACCGUGCAAACCUGGGAGUUCAAGCUUCCCGAUGGGGAGACCCUUGCGGCCAUCUCGGAGCGAAGCAACGGUGAAAAUGUGGCGUCAAUGGGCCGUGUCCUGGGCGAUCGAUCUGUGCUCUACAAGUACCUCAACCCCAACACUGUCGGAAUCGUCUCGGUCAAGGCGGCUCUCCCGGAUCACACCACCGCGUACUUCUACCUCCUCGACUCUGUCACUGGCCGUCUGUACUUCUCGCGCGCCCACCAGGCUGCUGGUAUUGUCAGCGCCACGACUCCGUCGAUCCAACUGCUGAUGUGCGAGAACUUUGUUGUCUACACCUACUGGAACCACGGCCCAGGUGCCAGCAACGUCGCCGAUCCCCUUCCCGAGAGCUUCGAUCACGAAACAGAUGAGAAGACCCGCCGAAGAAAGAUGAAGAAGGCUCAGCGAGCUCACACCGGAACCCUGGUCCCCGAUGUCAAGGGCCUCGAGGUUGUUGUGAUGGAGCUGUUUGAGAGCAUCAAGCCCGAUGAGCGCGACGAAAGUCGCAACUACACCUCGUACUCGCUGCAAGUCCCGCAUGUCUUGACGCAAGCGUACAGCUUCCCCUACACGGUCACCUCGAUCGGCGUGACCACAACCAAGAUGGGCAUCACCACGCGUGAAAUCUUGUUCGGACUCAAGAACGGACAGCUGUAUGGCGUCAACAAGCGACUGCUCGAUCCCCGUCGGCCCCUUGCAGCCCCGACUGCCAACGACAAGGAGGAAAUGCUGGUGCCCUACCGGCCCCAAAUCGACUACAACCCCAAGGAUGUGGCCUCGUACCACAUCGAAGUCAACGGCAUCGAGCACAUCCAGGCCUCCGCGGCGGUCCUCGAGUCGACCUCGCUCGUGGUGGCCUUUGGACUCGAUGUCUUCUUCACGCGCCGCCACCCGUCCAAGAUGUUCGACGUGCUGAGCGAGGACUUCAACUAUGCCGCGCUGAUUCUCACGAUCGUGGCUCUGUUUGUGUCGAUCUACGUCUCCAAGUACAUGGUACGUGACAUGGCCUCAUUCGCACCGAGUGCUGCUGCAUACGGGAGAGCUCAGCAAUGCGCCACUGGGCCGCUGUUGCAUCCGUGGGAAGAGAAGGGCAACGACACGCCUGCUGACAACUAA